AUGCUGCCGUACAUUAUGAAUAUCUUACACUACUCCGGAACUUCGCAAAACUUUUCUUCCAUCUGCCAGAAGCUACGACAGUUCAGUGUGUCUUCCGAGCUAACAGAUGAAGACAUUAAAACAGCCGCGAAGGAUGCACUCGAUAGUGCCAUCCACAUGGGCCUUGUGCGGAAAAAUGCUCGCAACAAUACGUACGAUCUUACGCACAAAUGGUUUGUCCCCGAAAGCGAAGCUUUUCAGAAGCGCCUGCACGACGUAGUACGAGAAAUGCCGGAUGCUCUAGGUGAAACAUCGGAUCAAUCGGAUGCAGAAGAUUUUCCGGCCUCCUCCAUUCAGCAGCCAGCGGAUUGUAUGGGACCGGGCAUGGCACAGAAGCGAAGUCCCGCCCAAAUACGAGCCAUUGCGAUCUACCGAAGAAUGCGUGAGCAACGUGAGCGUGAGGAACGGGAAGCAGCCGCACGUGCCAGAAAACGACGUAACAGUGGACCGCGAUCACGAUCAAGGUCGAGAUCGUCUCGAGGGCGCCGUUCUAGUACAGGCAGAUCGCGUUCUCGAUCACAGCAGCGUCGCCGAUCGUCGACACGCGCACGAUCACGGUCGACGUCAAGAGCUCGUAGCGCCUCAAACCGUUCACGGCGACGUUAA